CAGGUGGGAGCAGGCUGGAGUUUCGUCAGCUAGUGCAGCAGAACGGAACCAGCCCCAAAACUGAAGAGGGCGGGGUCAAAGAAAAAACAAGGCAUUUCCUGUUGAGCUACGACAACACAGGAAGGAUGAAUGUGGGCGUAGCUCACAGCGAGGUGAACCCCAACACGAGGGUGAUGAACAGCAGAGGGAUAUGGCUCACCUACCUGCUGCUGACCGUCGUGUUGCACAUCGUCUUGCUCAGCAUUCCCUUCUUCACUGUACCGCUCGUCUGGACUCUCACCAACGUCAUCCACAACCUGGUGAUGUACCUGUUUCUUCACACAGUGAAGGGCACUCCCUUUGAGACACCGGACCAAGGCAAAGCUCGUCUCCUCACACACUGGGAACAGAUGGACUACGGUGUCCAGUUCACAUCUUCGCGCAAAUUCCUCACUAUCUCACCAAUUGUUCUGUAUAUUCUUGCCAGUUUCUACACAAAAUAUGAUGCCACACAUUUUCUCAUCAACACAAGCUCCCUUCUCAGUGUCCUCCUCCCAAAGUUGCCUCAGUUUCACGGAGUACGGAUAUUUGGGAUCAACAAAUACUGAAAGUACUGAUUGAACACUGGAUUUUAAACCACCAACAACGGACUUCUAGUUUUCUGUUCCUGCUGAACUACUUUAAGUUUAGAGGUUGAGAAGAAGUGAACCAGUUGGAUUUGUCUUAACUGUACAGACUGUGUGGAGUAAUAUAUGAAAGUUGCAGUUUGUGCAGCCUGAAAAAAAAGUAAAUGCACUGCUGCUGUUUUCUAUGAAAGUGAUUAUUUUCUUUACUGACAUUCCUGAUGUGUGUUUGUCAAAAAGCCAGACACUAUGGCUUCAAGAGAGAGCAAAUUUGAACUGUGCUGAUUUCCAAUGUGAUGUUUAUUCAUUACGUGUCUGUCAUAGAUGAUUCCUGUUACAAACUGCACUGGCUGCACAUCUGUAAAACUGUGUCUUUUUUUUUGCGAUAUAUGUGAAUGAAUUUAUUGCGACAUUGGGUUCAUGUUUUGAAUGACACUUACAAGUUUCUGUUUUCUUUCAUGCUUUAUCUUGAUUUAACUGUGAAGGAUUCAUCUGCAGCAUGCAUUCACCCGCCUACAAUAAACACUGCAGUCUUGCUAUCACACGCACUAUCAUGUCAUUUACUGUAAAGCUCUGAAUUGUUUCCCACUUUUAAAAUAAGCAGUCAGAGCUGUUUGGUUGUCUUAUCUAUUUUCCAAAUGUUCAAGUAGAAAAACAGAAAAUUCCUUUUGUGUGUAGGUUUGUAAGAAUCAAUUGAUUGCUUGUGGGCCAGUUUGUAAGCUGUGGGGAAAUCCAGGCACUUUUAAUGACGUCAGCAUGAGGGGGGGGGGGGGGUUGUCACAGCAUGUGAAAUAUGAUAUGCAUGUAUAUCCAAGGGUUCCCCCCCCCUUUCACAUGCAAUGUGGUCAUGGUUGCAUUGCAGUGAGGUUUCCCUGUUGGUGAUGCGGUUUUUUGGAAGAAGUAAGUCAUAGGAAAUGCUGCGGCUGAGUAUGCCAACCUGAUCCCGUGAAACACAUGCAAAUAACUCUUAUCUGUAAUCAGCUGUUUCAUACAUAUGUUAUCGGGUGUAAUCAUCAGUUAUCAACGGUUGUUGGGGUGUUCCCUUUCCUUCAAAAGCUGUGAGGACAUUCACAUUAGUGCAAAGAAGCCAGUGGUGUGAUGAAGGGUCAGUUGGGCUAAAUGUCAUCAGAUAUGGUUCACUGAUAAUACAUGAUGAAUACAGUGUUGUUGUUUGCGGAAACAUAUUCCGAAAGGUACCUGAUGCAAGAUAACGCUGCCUUGCUUGAACAGCAAAUCUUGGACAUCUACUGCAGUUUUUGUCCCAGUUUUGCUUCCACUUCCAAUUCAGUGUGAACUCAGAAAAAAUUGGCACAAGGGUACUCAAUAUGCUGUAUAUUUAAAACUGAGGCCAUUCAGUACACGGGACUCAGUGUGACUCAUGCAGUGUGCGUAAAAACACCAGUCAUCACUUUUUCUUUGAUUUAAACAUCUUUUUACAAAUUACAUGGAAGUAAACAAACAGAUGUCAGAGGUAAAGUGCAGAUAUGAGAAAGGUCAGCUAUUUUGACUUUGUGACUGAUUAUUAAAGUCAUCAGUGGUCAUAAGGUCAUAUUUAACAGAAGAUAAUGACAACACUGACAGUAAACCCAAGAGAAAUCACUAAUUGGAAAUCCGGAGGGUUAAAAUUAAAAUGCAUUUUUUGGGGGGGGAAUUUUGACAACUGAAUUAAAGACAAAAGAUGUCAUUCAUAAUGCUGACGCAUAUUCACACUGUUUCCUGUAAUGUCUUAUCAAAUGAAGCAUCUGCAAGAGCAGUGUUGAUGAUAAUCUCUCUUUAAAGAUAUGUACCAUCUAGCAGUCUUCAGCUUCUCAAAUAAAGGGUUAUCUGUUUUAUAUCAUUGUA